UCAGAGUGCGCGCCGCCGCGAGCGCUCACUGUCAGUCAAGCGUCUCCAGAGCAACAGAUUUUUAAGGCUCAGACGGACUGUGACAAGCAUGAAUCUGAGUCCAGCAGAGCAGAGCGACGGGUGUGCGGAGGGCAACCGAUCCGAGCAGAUGCUCCCUUGUUUCCGCAGGAGCGCGUACGACGAGCCUCUCGCUCCCUACAACGGCUCCGUCAUAUCCCACCUCCUGCGGAAGACCAUCCACAGCAAGCUGAGCUCGCUCGACAUGCUUUACUGCGCGAACGAGUCCGGUGCGACGGACGAGGAGCAGAGCGGGGGCGAGGAUCUGUCGGCGGAUGUCGAGCAACAUCUACAAGCCAAGCGUGCACGCGUGGAAAACAUAAUCCGAGGAAUGGCGGGAUCACACGGGGAUCCGGAACGAGACUGCGAAUCCGUUCGCUCCCGACGAGACAAACGCAAGCAGAAGCUGCCGCUCCACCAGGAGCCCGACGCCAAACCCAAGACGAGCAAAGACGAGGAGUGCCACAAGCUCAAGGAGCAGCUUCAGAGCAUGCAGAGACUCCUGCAUCAGCUCCAGGAGAAGAUCUCGCACGUGUACGACUCCGAGGGCGAGCCCAAACCGGGACUGAGCCGCGAAUCCACCGCCAAAAACCUCCAGGAGACUCUAAAGUGCGAGUUGACCCGGACCGUGAGCGAAAGCAUCGAUUCAGUCUUCAAGAAGCUCGCGAUGAAGCCGAGCACGAGUCCGGAGUACAAGCCGAGCCAGGACGACUCCCGCUCCGAGAUAUCCGACUCGGAGGAGGUCGGCAGGGAGCACUUUGAAAGCGACAGCCAAACCGAAGCGUUAUCCUUAGUAGUCCGUAAGCCUUCCCAAUCCCAGAUGAUCCCGGGAGUUAAGCGACCAUUCCCGCUCCACCAAACCCCUUUCCAGUUCGGCUACAACACUCCCUUACACGACAGCCAGAUCCUCGAGCACCUCCUGAAGUACGGCCCGCACUCGGCCUUCUCCGGGCUCCCCUGUGUUCCCGCUUCCCUGGAGAGGGCGUCUCCGGACUCCAUGGAGCAUUCCUGGGAAAGCGUGGCCAUGAGGUCCAAGGCUCAUCAUCUGGGUCAGCACCACCAUCAUCCCGCAGGACUGGUCCCGGUGGACUCGCUCUGUCUCCCGCAUGUGAAGAUGGAGUGUGCGGAUCUGCAGAGCAUGGAGAGGAGCUCCUUCAUGGCCCUCAAUAUUCAGGAAGGUCUAACCCCAAACCAUUUGAAGAAAGCCAAACUGAUGUUCUUCUACACACGCUACCCGAGCUCAAACUUACUCAAGAACUUCUUCCCCGAUGUCAAGUUCAAUCGCUGCAUCACGUCCCAGCUGAUCAAGUGGUUCAGCAACUUCAGGGAGUUCUACUACAUCCAGAUGGAGAAGUUUGCUCGCCAGGCCAUCAUAGACGGCGUGACCGAUGUGAAAGACAUCUCCAUCACCAGAGAGUCCGAGCUCUUCCGCGCCCUCAACAUGCACUACAACAAAGCCAACGACUUCCAGGUUCCUGACAGAUUCCUGGAGGUCGCUGAAAUCACACUUCAGGAGUUCUUCAGCGCCGUUUCCCUCUCCAAAGACUCCGACCCCUCCUGGAAGAAAGCCAUCUACAAGGUCAUCUGCAAACUGGACAGUGACGUCCCCGAGGACUUCAAAUCUUCCUCCUACCUGUGAACCCAGAGCGCCCCCUACAGGACGCUGUAUUUAUCAUGAGUGUCAAUCACACAUGUUUCUUUUUAUAAGUGAAUCGUCAAGCUUUAUAGACAAAUCAAAAUAUAUAUUCUAAAUAUUUUGCUGUUGACUGCCAGCGAGUUUGUUUCAUUUUGUCUGUGGAAUAGGCUUGUUUAAAAAUAAUAAUAGUUUGGAGAAUUUGGUUUUUCAAUGUAAUAUAUUUUGCUUUUAUAAUGCCACUGUAGACAAAUGUGUGGUGUGUUCUGUAGUCCUGGUAAUGAAAUGGAAAAGCAGUUAUGAUUUGUGUUUUUAAUGUGCAUCUGUUUCUUCAGUGAAGCGUCUCAUGAAGCAUCUGUAAUAAUUAUAAAAAAAAAGGUGUAAAUAAGUAUAAUUUAGCUGUAUGAUAUGAGUAAAGGUGGAAUAUUGCUGUUUAUGUGGGACCCCAGAUUAAUCAUAUUGCAUGUAAGAGGCAUUUCCCUCAAAAUUU